ACUUGAAAUGGAGGAAUUUAAGGAAAUCGUGCAUGAAAGUCAAGUACGAAGUCUAUUUCAACCAUGUCAUUUUACGAAUUUAGACAAUUCUUUGCAAGAUAUCUAAUUUCGGUAUGGCAUAGUUUGAGAAGUAUCUUGACGUUAUUUUGUUCCAUUUGCCUGGUCAGUCUCGUUUCAGGAAUAUGCUGUCACCGUUGAUGUUAAGGAUUCUGACAGUACUUCACUAUCGUAUGAAUAAUGCAAAUUUGAUAGGCUGCAAUGAUUGGUUCUACCAAUACCGGGGCUGAUAUCAAUCUUGUAGAGCGAUGAUGUAUUUUUUUGUCCCACAAGAUAGUCCUAGUUCAUUUUAAUGGCAAGGACAAAGUUUACCAUAAAAAACCAUUCGUCGGCAUGUUGGGACACAGUCCUUCGUUGUCUUUUAAGAAGACAAUGGCAUGUUCCCUAUUGCAUUUGUACAAGCAUUCUUUGAUUGCGGCCAUCAUCCUUAUCGCAUGCUUUCCUAGUUAUGUCCGCUCCAGAGAUAUCAGUAGCAUCUUGAAUGGCCAACACUUGCGAAUAGCUUCACUAGACGUGAGGCCUUACAUGUUUAUUGAUCGCAGUGGAAACCAAAGCCGAGCGGAUGGUAUCGUUUACCAAAUCAUCGUCUGGCUUUCCAUUCGCAACAAUUUCACAUUUUCCCUGGAUUUACCGCUUGAUGGAACGUUUGGAGCAUUGGUGAAUGGCACUUGGAACGGCAUGAUUGGCAUGGCCAUCAACAAGCAAGUAGAAUUGAUUGCAGCUCCAGUUGUGCCUUCGCUUGAUCGCGCUCGGGUGCUCGACUUCACAACGACGUUCUCCGAAGAACCAAUGUGCUGCCUUAUCCCAGCGCCGGAAGCAGACCUCAACUCCUUGUCGGGGAUUGUGAAACCAUACAAUACUUAUGUAUGGCUUUUAAUCAUAUUUUCGAUGCUUUGUGUUGCUCUCGCCACUUGGCUUACAUCCGAGUUUGGCCCAAUUCAUCAAAGCUUAAACGGGAUCUCCGAUAAACGUCGUCGUCGUGGAUACAAAGAAAUGUCCCUAACCGAACAUUUCUAUGCAAUCUUUGCAAUUAUCUGCCUUCAACCCAAAGACAUGUCGACUCAUUCUCCCAAUUCGAGUCCGAUUGUUUUGUCGGUGUGGUGUUUGGCUUGCGUCGUACUGGUUUACCUGUACACAGGUGUCCUCAUCUCUUAUUUAACUAUACCCAAGAUGCGCCCGAUUGUUGAAACAGUUGAAGAACUGGCAGAAUCCACUAGACUUCAAGUAGUUGCUAUAAAGAAUUCGAUUUUCGAAUCGACGUUAUUGCAAAGCACGACAGGACCAUUAAAAACAUUGGGAAACCAGCUUCGCCAACACCCCGAAAACAGUUUAUCUGGCGAAUAUUACAAUUUGAAGCUGUUGUUGCAAAAAGCUUUGCUCGGACGAUUCGGAAUCAUGAUGAGCAAGGCUCAAGCGGAAACGUUGAUGAAAUUAGACUGGAACUCGAAAAAUAUGAAGAAAUGUCGUUUAAGCAUCAUGCGAGAAAAAAUCUUAUCGACUAGAUUCUGCUUCGCGCUCCCAAAAUCUUCUCCUUAUACCAACGUGAUUGAUAAAGGCAUCAUCGCAAUGUACGACGUGGGGUUGAUUGAUUAUUGGAAGAAUCAUUCCCCUGGCUCAUUCGCGAAUCGCUGUGAUGCAAAUAACAGAAAAAUGGCCAUGACCAACGAAAAGAAAAAGCCACUUUCGCUGACUAAUUUGAUUGGAGCGUUUGUUCUUCUUUCUAUUGGCAUUUUAAUCGCUUUUCUCUCUUUUCUCGUUGAAAUAUGGAUAGCCUCGAGUUUUCGGAUGCUUUUCCAUUCGCAAAUUCGGAAAAUAUGGCAUACUUAACUUACCAAUUUCUUACCCUUAAUGCUGUUGGUCUUUGGAAAUAAUUUUCGGAUACCGUAGACUAGAUAACGAAAUUUUUCUUGUCCAGAAAAGUUAUGAUUAUUCAUCAAGAUGAUAUAGAGUCUUAAGACGUGAACUAUGGGUUACAUGUCGCAUGUAAAUUCAGUUUGCUUUUGACUGUAUCGCUAUUCUUGUCGCCCCAACCUCUGGCAAAUUAAUUUCCCAACGUCACAUCUGAUUUUCGAUAGUCAUACCGGCUGCAUAUCACGUAUUGUUAAUGAGAAUAUUGCAGACCCGAUUGUAGAAAACCACAUAGACUUGUCUCUUGUCAAACUGUCAAAAUCUGGAUAUCAUUGUACUUCAUCAAAGAUGACUAGAUGAAGGGUUGACGCUGGCCACGGAGACGCAUACAAACA